UCAGAAUAUUUUGAAAGAUGGCGAUUUUGAAAACAAUAAUUAUCCUUCCAAUAAUUGGCAUUGCACUGGCAAUUGUAAAAUUGAGCCAACAAAAUCUGAUAAAGUCAGUGGUGUCCAGUCUGUCAAAAUAACAGGCAGGACACAGUUUUGGGAAGGAGCUAGUCAACAGGUACCAUUUGAAAGAAACACAAGAUACCAUUUAGUAUUCUUUGUCAAACAGUUGAAUAGAAUAGCCGGCAAAGUUUUACAAUUAUUUAAAGUCAACGUUGGGUUUCAAAUAAAUGGAGCUAACACAAUGUAUCCGGAUUUGGUUAAUGAUGGAAAUGUUCACCAAGGAAGAGGGUGGGUUAAGUUAGAAGCCUACAUCCAAACACCUGAUGUAUCUUUUGUAAAAUCAAGUAUAGUUAUACAAGGUGGAGAUGCUGGUAUAGAAUAUCUAGUUGAUAAUGGUCGCAUUGAAAAAGUAAACGAAGACAAAAAGUGGAAAGCUGAGGCGAAUGAACGAAUCGAUAGGAUAAGAAAAAACAACAUUAAUUUCAGAGUUACCGUACCAUCUAAUACCAACCCACAGGACUACAGAAUUCAGAUUAAGCUUAAUAAGCACGCCUUCCCAUUUGGUUCCAUGAUCAAGACGGACCAUGUUUUAGAAGAUAAAUACGCUCGUCAUAGAAGUCUUUAUUAUUAUAUGUUUAAUUGGGCAACAUUAGCUAGCUACUAUUGGAAGUGGUCAGACGGCCCAUGGGAUCACCCGGAAUAUACUACCAACCAAGCUGCGAUCAACGAAUUAAAGAAACGUCGUAUUCCGGUCAGAGGUCAUAAUAUAUUUUGGGGUAAUGGCAAAUAUUUACCUGACGAAGUCAUGAAAUUAUCCACAACAGAAUUAAAACAUGCCGUUGAUGAAAGAAUACGUUAUGUUGUUGCUGCUACUAAAGGAUAUGUGGAGCACUGGGAUGUCAAUAACGAAAUGUUACACAACCAUUACUUUGAGGAGAAAACAGGAGAUCCGUAUUAUAGUCAUCAUAUGUAUUCUUAUUUACAUCAAUUGGAUCCCAAAGUGAAAUUGUUUUUAAACGAUUUCAGUGUCAUCGCCGAUGGCCAAUAUGUAUCUGCAUAUGUAAAUCAAGCCAAUGAAUACAGAAAAGCUAAUGUAGGUGUGUAUGGCGUAGGUGUCCAGUGCCACUUUCCUGAAAAUCAUCCACCAGAUCCAACUCUUAUUAAAAAACGCCUGGAUCAGUUGUCUGCGUCUGGAUACCCUGUUUGGGUCACAGAAUUGGAUGUUGUUGUUGCUGAUGAGAAUACAAGAGCCCAGUGGUAUGAUAAUGCUCUAAGAGUCUUGUUCAGUCAUCCAACUGUUGAAGGUAUCAUAUUGUGGGAUUUUUAUGGCCCAGAACAUUGGAGGGGUAAAAAUGCGGGUUUAGUUAGUGAUCAGGAUUAUCGGGUGAAUCCCGCUGGUAAGCAUUAUAUAGAUCUGAUUUAUAAAGAAUGGAGUACUCAUGUCAUACACGAUCUAAACAAUGGUAAAAUAUUUAGUGUACGUGGUUUCCAUGGUGAUUAUGAAGUGAUGGUCAAAUAUAAAGGAACUCCUAUCAAAGACAUAAAAUUUACUUUAGGAAAAUCAGAUAAAACCGUGGAUAUAACAGUAACAGAUAUCAAUGGUAAUUACUUUUUUUGA